AUGGCGGAGCAAUACAUCGUCGGAUUCGACAUCGUGGAUGCCAGGAACCUCGUCACGCAGGACGGCAACCCGUGCGAUCCCUUCGUGGUGGUCACCUGCUGCGGCAGGCGGGUCGAGACGAAGACGAAAGAGGAGAAGUUGUCGCAGGUGCUGUGGAACGAGAGCCACAAGUGGGCCGACCUGGAGCUGACGGAGGACUCGGGCCACGUGCUGGCGAACCGCGCGGUGCCGCUGCGCAGGGAGGACGCCGCCAGGGCGACCGGCGUGCUGAACCUCACCGUCUUCUGCCUCCGGCCCGGGGAGUCCGUACCGAGCUGGAGCGCCGAGGAGGUGCCUGACGAGCACGACGAGCGGGAGCUCGCCGACAUCUCCCGCGCCGUGCUGGGGGCCCAGGACGCCGUGGCCGAGGCGGAGGGCGGCAGCCCCUUCCACUUGCUGGUCAGCGUCUUCAGAGUCGAGGGCCUCGCCAAGAUCUUCGGGAGCUAUCCCAACCCCUUUGUGACCGUGGAGUUCGCCGGCACAGUGGUGAAGACUCCGAGUGCGUGGGAGGUGGAGCACUGGACGUGGAACGCUUGCGCCCGCUUCCCCGUGGUGCCGCCCAUCUACGAGGACACCGUGGUCCUGAAGCUCUGGAGCGCGGGCAGUGGCCUCGCGGCCGACCUCCUGCUGGCUCAGGGCUUCCUGUCCUUCAGCGAGCUGCGCAGCAGCGCCAUGGCCGCGCGCUGGUUCAACCUCUACGGCUGGAGCCCAGAGGAGGUCCCGGAUGCUGCAGGCCUCCGAGGGUCAGGCGAGGGCCUGAAGGCUAACUUCUUCAUCGGCCGGCUACUCGUUGGAGCCCGCGUUGCGCCAGUGGAGGCCGUCGACGAAUUGCAGCCUGCUGGCCUGGACCCCAGCAGGGCGACCGCCGCAAUCGAGCCCGCAGUGGACAGCGCCGUGCUCUUCGUGGACGUCUACGAGGUGGCAGGCGCCGUGGGGCGUGAGUGUCGCGUCGAGGUGCAGUUUGGCCGUCACAUCAGCAGCACGCCAGAGUGGGUGACGCCCACCGAGGGUCCCCGGACGUCUAACAACGACGCUGAGCGGGAUGCCCAUCCGCACGAGUUGGAGGAUUUGACCACGUUUGCGUUCGCCGAGGUAGAAGGAAGGAUGGAGCCGCUGCUGGCCAUGUGUCCGACGGAUCCCGAGUCGCAACCUGACGUGAUGAUCAAUGUGUACACUCGUGGCGUUUUGUCUGGCGACAGGAGGAUUGCCUACGCGAGGCUGCGCAUGUCCGACUUCCAGGAGCUGCAGCUCGUGCCCGAUGGCAAGGGUAAUCUAGUUCACGCGCCAGCGAGGCCAAGGUACGUGCCCCUGUUGCCUGUGCCCGGCGCAAAGAGUCAGCGAGUCGCGCCCUCGGUGCUCAUCGUGCUCGAGCAGCACGGCACUGACAAUAUUCGACGCGCCCCGCGCAGAGUCGUCCAGCCCACGGUGUAUUGUUUACGCGCUUACAUCUUCAUGGCGCGAAACGUACACUCGGGCCCCAAUGCUAAUUGCGCUGUGCGCGUCUCUUGCGCGGGGAUCUCUAAGUCGACACGGCCGCAGCAGGGAGUGCGGCCAACUUGGAUGACCCCAGUGGACCUGAAGGUAACGCUGCAGUCAGACCGCAAGCUGCAUGGCGGCGCGCCUUCGAUGGAGCCCAUCCAGCUCACGCUGGUCGACCAGGGCGGGAGGGCGCUCGGAGCCCAAGACGCAGACCUGGGUCAGGCGGUCUGCCAGUACGAGCACGUCCGGCAGACGAGAGGUGCCUCGGGCGAAUGGGAGCCCUACCGACUCGACCCGCAGUGGAUCAACCUGUACGGGGGCACCUUCGGCAGCCGCGUGGUCGGGCAGGUGCUCGUCACUUUCGAGCUGCUGGAGUGGAAGCACCUGGGGGAUCCCGGGCUGCGGCCAGCGCCCAUGUGGCCGCAGCCGCUGCCCCCGCGCCACGCCGGCCUGAGCGGCUCGGUCCCGACGGACGGCGCUCCGCUCUGCAGGCUGCGGAAGGCCACGCUGCACUUCGCCCUGCACGGGCUGCGGGACCUGGUCAUGCAGACCGGCGCGCUGCCAGAGGUGGUCGUCCGGGUCAAGAGUUUUGAGCAGGGAGAUCACGAGGGCGAGGAGGAAGAGAAGGUCGGCUCCGCGCCCGGCCGCUUCUACACGCUGCGCUUCCGGAGGCGCCCGGCCGUGGGCGCCGGCGACCGGCGGAGCCAGCUGCUGGAGUGGAAGUCGGACGCGCUGGGCAGCACGGACUGCGGCAACUUCGAGAUGCUGGAGGUCCAGAGGAUGCGGGUCAUGGUGCCCGACAGUGCCGUGUUCGAGCCCUGCGUCUCCGUAGAAGUGCGCGAGCAGCCUUCGGCUGGGCUGUUCGGCAGGCUGACCCAGGGCCCGCUCAUCGGCGAGCAUCGCUGCAGCCUCAGCAAGAUGCUUCCGUGCUUCUGGUACGACGGCGUGACCCUGGACCAGCCCUUCCACAAGCAGGAGGCGCGAGUCCGGAGCGCCCUCGCCGCGACGGAGGUGCAGGUUCGCUCCCAGGAGAGCUUCCAGCAGCGCUCGCUCCAGCUGGGCCGCUCGGCCAGCUCGGACCCCGCCGCCUCCUGCCCGGCGCCCACGCCUCGCUCGGGCGAGGCCGCCGGCACGGCCGGGGGCGCAGAGGUCGGCAGCAACGGCCUGCCCGCGCAGCUCAGGAAGAGGCGCGGCAAGAACAAGGCCCCGGAGCUUGUGAAGGACCCCGUCGAGCUGAACAUGCGGCGCGGGAGGGGCUUCGGGGCCAAGCGCGGCCUGGAGGCGCAGGCCGGCUCACAGGAGGGCGGCCACCCAGUGGUCUCUGGCUGCCUGGAGCGAGCGAACCAGGAGGGCGGCAAGUCGUGGGCCUCCGACUUCGCCUUCCAGAACCGGCCGCUGCUGCGCGGCCGCGAUGCGCUGAGCAGCGAGGAGUCGGAGGGGACCGACUGGAACUUCGAGCACGGGCGCUGCUUCGGCUUCGUGAAGUACGAGAUGAAGCUCACCGACGGGUGGGACGAGGGCGACAGCGACGGCGAGCGCACCUCGGCAUACGCCCUGGAGGACGAGACCCCCUUCUCCAGGGCCACGACCGCCAGCGCCUGGGGCGUCCCCGGUGGCUUCCUCGCCAGGCCGCCCGCCACUCCCGGCGCGAGGCCCCCGGGCGCCGCCUCGGCCAGCUUCUUCUCCAAGGCGGCUGCGAGCAACGUCUCGCAGUCCGCGGCGAGCAACUCGGGCUCGUCUGGCAGCUUUCUCUCCAAGGCGAGGGUGCACCAGCAAGAGUCUGUGGCCGCCCCGCUGCAGUCAGAGACCAUGCGGGAGCACUGCUUUAAAUUGUACUGCAUCGUGUGA